AUGGUAGAACUGGAAAAAAGAAGACGGCCCCCUCCGCAACUGCAACAUUCUCCCUAUGUUAGGGAUCAAUCGAAUUCGCAGGGAAUGACAAAGACGCCAGAAACGUCACCGCCUAAGAGGCCCAUGGGAAGAGCUAGAUCAAACUCGAGAAGCAGUGGAUCCCGUUCAAAUGUCGAUAUAGAUCAGUAUACCAUACCACCAGGCUUAGAUUUGUUGCCUACCGCUUCAUCUCCACCUUCCGUCCAUCAAGUUUCACAACAGCAACAAUUAUCCCCAAUAUUAGCCAACAAAAUCCGUUCUCCAUUUGAAAAUCAAAGUCAGGAUCAAAAUGACAAUUCAAUAGACCCAACACCGGCUGGACAAGUAACAAUUCCUGUAGAAGCCGUAUCUCCACCGGCACUGGACGAAUUAUCGAAAUUCCAAAAUGGUUCAACUGAGACAUUAUUUAGAACUGGAUCACCCCGUAAGAAGCAUACACAUAUUAUUAUACUCAAAUCCUUAAAUGCAACUUUUGAGACCAAGUUUCUUGUUGUACCAUUUAAACCUGACGGACUUAAAUUAGGUCGACCAGUUACCAAUAGCGUAAACAAGAAUAAUUCAGGAUCGAAAAGAGAUUUAUUUUCGCAACAAGUUAGACCAGAUAACGGAAAUUUUGACUCAAGAGUUCUUUCCAGAAAUCACGCUUGUCUCAGUUGUGAUCCUACAUCAGGAAAGAUAUAUAUUCGCGAUCUAAAGUCCAGCAAUGGGACAUUUGUUAAUGGGGUUAAAAUACGCCAAAAUGAUGUAGAAUUAAAAGUUGGUGAUACUGUGGAUUUGGGAACUGAUAUUGACUCAAAGUUUGAACAUAGAAAAAUCAGUGCGUAUGUGGAAGAGAUUUCAGUAAUUCCCUUAAUGAACACUGUAUCUGAUCCCACAAAUUUGGUGAUGAAAAAACAAGAUCAUACUAAUAAGAAUAAUGGGAACUCCACUAAUAUAAACGGAAUAAAGAUAGACAGAGGUCAUCAUAAUCAACACAUUCCAAUACGAUCUCAUUUAAAGGAAAAUUAUACCGAAGCUGGUGUAACAUCUGCAACAACGGCUCAAAGGGCAGCCUUUGAGGCAGCUAUGUUUGGAGAUAUUAAUAACUCAGAAUUAGAUGAUGAUAUUUUAGGUCCAGAAACUGAGGUUCUCAGUGGAAUUUUUAUCAACAAUUCAGCAGGUACAAGCAUAAAUUUGAUAAAUAUGAUAAAAACUUUGACUACUGAGCUGUCCUUAGAAAAACAAGAGCUGGAAAAAUUACAUUCCAUGCAAAACUUUAUGCAAAACUAUACGAUAAACCUUGAUUUCAUCAAUAAGCACAUGAUUGAUAUGAAUGAAAAGCAUUUACUGAAACUGAGCACGGCUUUACAAAAAACUCUAUCAGAAAAUAAUGAUGCGCUACUCAAAGAAUCGGAAGAUCAAUUAAAAGAAAUCAAACAACAAAAUAAUAAAGUAAAAUCUGCAUGUAGCUUGAAGGAAAAACAAAACCAUGAAAAGCUACAGGAGCUCGAAAGUGAAUUAAGAGAGCUGAACCUUCAAAUAGAAGAAGAGAGGGGAAAAAAUUUAGUUUUAACACAAAGCAAUUUUAAUGGUGGUAUUAACAAUGACAAUAACGCUAAAGUAAAACAAAAUGAUUCAAGAGAAGAAAAAAAGGAUACCGAAGAUACAUUAAUAAGCACUGAAGAACUAGGAGUCGUCGAAGGCAAGAGAACAAGAGUUAGUAAGGGAAUGCUCUUUGGAGUAGUUGCCAUUUCAUUCGGUUUAGUUGCGACGGCCGUUAAGCAAUUGCCACAAUAA